UGUUGAUAAAAGGCUCGCGGCGGCGUUUUGACGUCACGGGGAGUUAAUUUUAAACCUGGACAAGAUGGCGGAAGGAGACGCGGCUCGGUACGGGCAGCGAGAGGAACAGCCUCGGUUUCAACCGGACCUGACAGGAGAGAGCUAUGAGGAUGCAGAAGAGAACGCCUCUUUGGAUGCUGAUGAAGUGGUUCCUGAGAAGCCAUGCCCAGUACAGAUAGUUCUUGCUCAUGAAGACGAUCACAACUUUGAACUAGAUGAAUCAGCAUUGGAGAGAAUCUUGCUUCAGGAACAUAUAAGAGACCUCAACAUAGUAGUAGUUUCUGUUGCUGGUGCAUUCCGUAAAGGCAAAUCAUUUCUCUUGGAUUUCAUGCUUAGGUAUAUGUAUAACAAGGAGUCAUCUUCUUGGAUAGGUGGAACUAGUGAGCCUUUGACUGGCUUUACAUGGAGAGGAGGAUGUGAGAGAGAAACAACUGGUAUCCAGAUUUGGAGUGAAGUAUUCAUAAUUCCCAAACCUGAUGGGACAAAGGUUGCUGUAUUACUAAUGGAUACCCAAGGUGCCUUUGAUAGUCAGUCAACUAUCAAAGACUGUGCAACUGUAUUUGCUUUAAGUACCAUGACAAGUUCAGUCCAGGUAUACAAUCUAUCACAGAACAUCCAAGAAGAUGAUCUUCAGCAUUUGCAACUUUUUACAGAAUAUGGAAGGCUAGCAAUGGAAGAAAUUUACCAAAAGCCAUUUCAGACUCUUAUGUUCUUAAUUAGAGACUGGAGCUAUCCAUAUGAACACCCAUAUGGUUUAAAAGGAGGAAAACAAUUUCUAGAAAAGCGAUUACAGGUAAAAUUGCACCAGCACGAAGAACUUCAGAAUGUAAGGAAGCACAUUCACUCAUGUUUCAGUAACCUAGGCUGUUUCCUGUUGCCACACCCUGGUCUUAAAGUUGCAACUAACCCAAAUUUUGAUGGGAGGCUAAAUGAUAUUGAUGAAGAGUUUAAGAAAGAGUUGCGGAAUCUGAUUCCUUUGCUGCUUGCUCCUAAAAAUCUGGUAGAAAAAGAAAUUAGUGGCUCAAAAGUCACUUGUAGAGAUCUAGUGCAAUAUUUUAAGGCUUAUAUUAAAAUCUAUCAAGGAGAAGAAUUACCUCAUCCCAAAUCAAUGCUUCAGGCAACAGCAGAAGCCAACAAUCUUGCUGCAGUAGCUGGUGCAAAAGAUACUUACAAUAAAGAAAUGGAACAGGUUUGUGGUGGAGAUAAGCCUUACAUAGCACCUGCAGACUUAGAACAAAAGCACCAAGAUCUUAAAGGACUAUCAAUCAAACAUUUCCGUUCUGUGAAGAAGAUGGGAGGUGAGGAGUUCUGUCGUCGUUACCAGGACCAGCUUGAAGAAGAGCUUGAUGAAAUCUAUGCAAACUUUGUGAAGCACAAUGAUGGCAAAAACCUCUUCUAUGCUGCUCGUACACCAGCGACUCUAUUUGCUGUCAUGUUUGCUAUGUAUAUAAUCUCAGGACUGACUGGAUUCCUUGGCAUGAACUCCAUAGCAACCCUGUGUAACCUCGUGAUGGGCAUAACACUUGUCUCCCUUUGUACAUGGGCAUAUGUUAAAUACUCUGGGGAAUUCAGAGAAAUUGGAACACUCAUUGACCAGAUGGCGGAAGUACUAUGGGAACAGAGGAGUCCCAAGAAGGUGUGUUCCAAAGUCUUUGAAGUUGUUAGACGUCGAAUGAUUCGCCAUGCUCUUGCCUCAGCACAACGGCAGCGACUCUCAUCCAACAAUAACAGGAAGAAAAAUUAGCCAGUAUUUUUACCUUUUUCUUUAUCUAAAGCAUUCACAAUUCGUAAGCAGGACUGUGCUGGGGCAAUUUACAUAAAUGCUAUAAGCAUACCAGGCUGAUGCUGCAUUAUAGGGUAUGAAACUAUACCUGCUAUUCUAGGAGCUAUAAAGUUACAUGGAUUAAGUCAACUACCCAACGGAGGAAACCACUUAUUGCUCUGUAAAUUAUUAACUGUAAGCUGGUAGCAAAAUUCAUUUUUUCUCUUGCUUUGGUACUGUUGCACUUUGGAUACAUUUCAUACUCCAUGAUUUUAAUUUGUGGUUGUUUUCCAUCUGAGAUGCUUUUAGUUAAUUUAUUUUUACACAUUUCUUGUA